AUGCACCCUCUUCCUCCUCCGAACAGAGGCACAUCCUCUCAGCCUUCCGAGUCACGCGAUCAAACUCCGUCCAGGAUGAAUCCUUCUACGCCCACUCAGCCCUCGACUUCUGCUGACCCAGCCCAAGCACGGCCCUCAGCAACUCCUACGAAUCCUACAGAUGGCAAAAAGAAACGAAAACAUCGUGGGGGGAAGAAGAGGAGGAAUCGCCGUCAGUCAUUUAUUGCUCCUUCAGAGACGUCUGCCAUGCAGAGUGUGGCCGAUGGCCCGCACGAAGAUCCCUUGAUUGAAGAAUCUCAGCAGCAAUCGGCGGGGCUGAGGUCGUUCUACAGAAACAACCAGGGCAACCUGAGUGGCGAGAGUCUGGACAGCGAGGCUCUUCUUGACCACAGGAAUCAACCAACACUGCGACCACGACGAGACAGCCGUUUGAACACAAACUUGUUCGCAAGCUCAUAUCGAAGCAAUACCUAUGCUAGACCAGAUGCACUCACACGACGGAGGCACCGCAGCCAGCAAGACACCACCAGCCCUCCUGGGUCGGACGAGGAAGACGCUAACGAUCGGACACCGUUGAUUUCUGGUGAUGCUCAGAGACAAAGCCCGGUCCAGGCAAGCUAUGGGCUCUUUAGGAGAAAAUCUCGUUCCUCUACCAUGUCUUCCGUGUCUAAGCAGCAGAAGAAGCGAAUCAGUGGGAACGGCAAUUCCUAUCCCAAGUCCGACAAAGACUUCGAUGUCAAUAACCCCCCCUCCGUACCUCCCAGUCCCACUCUCGGUGCACGCUACGGUGAUGUGAUGGUAGACGACGGCCAUUUCCUUACCCGAUCUCCCGACAGCCGAAGAAACCUGCAAGGUAUGAACAAAGAUGUCUUGAUCGAUAUUGAAGGAGAUGGAGAUAAAGUGCCCAACUCAGCCCCACCAAGCCCUCGACUGCGGCCGGACGGUAGCCAGCGUCACUUUAGCGUCGAAGGCGAUGUCUGCUUCCCAGCAGAUGAAGUGUCGGAGCUCGGUGAUUACUACAAUAAUUAUCUUCCUCGUGGGCCUUCUAUCAAUGGUGGCAGAAGGAGACGUAAAGAACGAGAAUGGCCUCAGGUAUGGGUCCUUGACGAGUGGAGCCGAGUCGAGAAAGAAGAAAGAGCUGCAGGGGAACGACGGGCUAAGAAGAUUAGCGAGCCUGUCUUUGUGGAAGGACGCCUGCGGCCUUCGAAGAAUGCAUGGCAUCGAGUUGAGGAGGACCGCCAGUACCGAUUCACCUACUUCAACGAGGAGUUUGAGAGCACCAUCCAUGCUGAGACAAUCUCCGAGCUGGUACAACCCGGUGGCUCCUUUCGCGAACUCUUCAUCCCCGAUCCUCCUGAGCUGAUCGACUCCAGCAGCAGUGAAGAAGCCGAUCUCAUGGAAGCAAGUCAGAAUAUGGAGAAUACGAGCACGUUGCAAAGUCCUAAGAGUUUGAAUGGUCCGCCUGGGCAAGUCGCAGCCUCGACUCUCUCAGAAGCAGUAAGGUCUAGGCUUGAUGUCAGUCAGAAGGAGUCCAGGAAGGGUUCGGGUUCACCAUCGCCGCACAAGAAGUCACCACCCACGCGCACUCCGAAGCCCAAGAAGUAUGGCCCGCGUCCGACCUUUUGGCUCGAUGUCAUGAGCCCGACCGACCAAGAAAUGCGUGUCCUGUGCAGGACCUUUGGUAUCCAUGCUCUCACUUCGGAAGACAUUAUGAUGCAGGAAGCACGGGAAAAGGUGGAAUUGUUCCGCAACUACUAUUUCAUCAACUAUCGGACAUUUGAACAGGAUACUCUCAGUGAAGACUACCUGGAGCCCAUCAACAUGUACAUGUGCGUCUUCCGCUAUGGCAUUAUUACCUUCCACUUCUCUCAAAACCCUCAUCCUGCCAAUGUGCGACGACGGAUCCGACAACUCUCCGAUUAUCUCAUUUUGAGCGCCGACUGGAUCUCGUAUGCCAUCAUAGAUGAUAUCACCGACGUGUACCAACCAUUGAUUACCAGCAUCGAGCAAGAAGUGGACAUUAUUGAUGAUCAGAUUUUGAAGUCGUUUCAGAACACCGACGAGCUGGGCGGCGAUCAUGGUGUGAAGAAGCACGAAAAGGACACCGACAAAGACGAGCCUGAGAUCAGUGGUAUCGACAUGCUUUUGAGGAUAGGCGAAUGUCGGAAGAAAGUCAUGACACUGUACCGGUUGCUGGGAACCAAGGCGGACGUCAUCAAAGGUUUUGCAAAACGCUGCAAUGAGCAGUGGGAAGUUGCCCCGAAGUCCGAGAUUGGCCUCUACCUGGGUGAUAUUCAAGACCAUAUCCUGACCAUGACUGGCAAUUUGUCCCAUUACGAAACACUUCUCUCGAGAGCCCACGGCAACUAUCUUGCACAGGUCAGCAUCCACAUGAAUGAGAGACAGGAGAAGACCUCUGAUGUCCUAGGUAAAUUGACUGUUUUGGGAACCAUCGUUUUGCCAAUGAACAUUGUGACAGGUAUGUUCGGCGGCAACUUCAAAGUCCCAGGUCAAGACGUCGACAAUCUCAAUUGGUUCUGGGGCACUACCGGGGCUCUAGCGAUCUUCGGCUUGUUCUGCUUCUUUUGGUGCAAGAAAGUCUACAAGAUCGUCUGA